AUGCACACCCCUAAGUAUUUGCACCAUGGUUGUGACAUCCGGAUCUUGCAUUUUGACAUCAAACAUCACAAUAUACUUCUUGAUGAUAAGUUUGUCCCAAAAAUAUCAGAUUUCGGGCUAGCAAAAUUAUGCGUCACAAACAAGGAGGCAGUUACUUUGACGGCUGCUAGAGGAACUAUAGGGUGUGUUGCUCCUGAACUUAUCAAUAGAAGUAUUGGCCGAGUGUCUUACAAGGCCGAUGUGUAUAGUUUCGGGAUGUUGUUGAUGGAAAAUAUAAACAAAGAUUUGACACGAAACAACGAUGGAUCUAGUAAGUAUUUCCCAAACUGGAUAAACAACCACUUAAACAAAGGUGAGGGCAUUGACAUUGGAAAUGAUAAUAAAAAUGACGAUAGAAACAUUGGUCGGAAGAUGACUAUAGUUGCGUUAUGGUGCAUACAAAUGAGUCCAGAAAAUCGUCCAUCAAUGAAUAAGGUGCUAGAGAUGUUAGAAGGUGAUGUCGAACAACUGCAUAUCCCUAACUAUCCAUCGUAUAUGGCAAGAAAUGAGGAAGAAGACUGGGCGACGGAUUCAAAUGCUUCCAUAUCAUUGUUGCAUGAUAUCAAUGAUAGUAGCAUUAUUGAGAUUAUUAGUAUUGCUUGA